AAUAUUUUGAAAUUGCAGCUGAGAAUAAGGAACAUGGGGAUGCAGAUCUUCGUGAAGACGCUGACGGGGAAGACCAUCACCCUCGAGGUCGAGACCAGCGACACCGUCGCCAAUGUCAAGGCCAAGAUCCAGGACAAGGAAGGCAUCCCGCCGGAACAACAGCGUCUCAUCUUCACGGGGAAGCAGCUGGAGGAGGGGGACACCCUGGCCGACUACGGCAUAAUACACAAGGAGUCCACGCUUCACCUCGUGCUUCGCCUGCGCGGCGGGAUGCAGAUCUUCGUGAGGUCGAUCUGUUCGAACAAGACCAUCACCCUGGACGUGCUGGAGAGCCGCGACACCGUCGGCAGCGUCAAGGCCAAGAUCCAGGACGUGGAAGGCGUCUCUCCAGGCGAGCAGCGCCUUGUCGCCGGCGGCACUACUACAGAAAGUUUUAUCAGUAACGAUCGAAAAACAACAUCAGAGAUGCAGAUCUUCGUGAAGACACUGACGGGGAAGACCAUCACCCUCGAGGUCGAGAGCAGUGACACCAUCGACAAUGUCAAGGCCAAGAUCCAGGACAAGGAAGGCAUCCCUCCGGACCAGCAGCGCCUUAUCUUUGCCGGGAAGCAGCUGGAUGAUGGCCGCACCCUGGCCGACUACAACAUCCAGAAGGAGUCCACUCUCCACCUCGUGCUGCGCCUCCGCGGGGGUAGCAGCAUAAUCGAACCCAACCUCCGGGCCCUCGCACAAAAGCACAACCAACGCAAGCAGAUCUGCCGCAAGUGCUAUUCCCGCUUGCCCCUCAAGGCUCAGAAUUGCCGCAAGAAGAAGUGUGGCCACAGCAACCAGCUGCGGGCAAAGAAGAAGUGCAGGUACUGCUGAAGUGCAAGCAUCGGUUGGAUCAGUUGUUACUUGUCUCAGCUUAUCAGAAAUGUUGGAGUUCUAAGUUUUAACUAUCUUACUGUAAUGUCUUGGUGGAUGUUGAGCACCGUCUUUUGAAUACUUGGCUAUGUUUGGAUGCAUGCCUAAGACAUGAUAUCUUUUGAAUACUCGGCUAUGUUCGGAUGCAUGUUUAAGACAUGAAUGUAAUAUGGUACUCACCUCAACUCUUUUGGCUGGAGUGAGCACUUAUCUAAUUUCUAUAUAUGCUGUUUAUUUUCUA